AUGAGUAAACGAGAAAACAAAAAUGUACUAUCAAAUUAUUUUUCUAAACUUCCAAAGACUGAUAAAGUUCCUAUUCUUCUACCACAAAUAGAAACGCCAUCGCCAUCGUGUAGUCAUUCACCCACAGAUUUGCAAACAAACAAAAGUAAUUUAUUAAAAUCGGACGCCGAACAAAUAGUUGAAGACAACGAUAUCGGCUACUGUUUCGGUAAAAAUGUAUCUGAUGAAAUAAAAUUUAAAUUAAUAACUGAUCAUUGGUCACCAGAUGAAAAUUACAAAUUCCCAAUUACUACAAAUCUAAAAAAAAAAUUAAAGUUUCAAUUAGGAUGGAUUAAACGUUUUCCUUGGGUUGCUUAUUCGAGAAUUGGUGAACAAGGUGCAGUUUGUAAAUAUUGUGCUAUAUUUGGUCGCGAAUUUGGUGGCAAAGGCAGUCACCAGAAACUUAUUUCACUAGUUGUAAAACCUUUUAAUAACUGGAAAAAAGCGAUUGAAAAAUUUAAUGAACAUAGUAAAACUGAAUUUCACAAAUCUAAUGCUAUGCGUGCAGAUAAUUUUGUAGCUGUUUAUUCCAAAAACUGCCAAAAUAUUAUCCAAAAAUUAGAUUCAGCGCGUGCUAUUCAAAUUGAUCAAAAUAGAAAGAGAUUAAUUCCUAUUAUUCAAACAAUUAUUAUUUGUGGGCGUCAAGAAAUAGCUUUACGUGGUACUAGUGAUUAUGGACCGCUCUCUUUAGAAAGUUCUGAACCUACUUACAACGACGGUAGCUUCCGAGCAUUAUUAAUAAUGCGCAUUUCGUGUGAAGAUAAAAAUCUAACGUAUCAUAUUGAGAAUCAAGCGUUAAAUGCUUCAUAUAUAAUCGACGAAACAACCGACGUAUCGCGUGUUGAACAACUUUCCUUGUGUGUACGUUAUUUAGAAAAUAAUUUAAAUAUUGAAAAAAAUGAAAUUAAUAAUUAUGUAUUGAAAGAAGACUUCUUACAAUUUGUACCUGUAAGUUCUACUACUGGUCAAAAUUUGGCCACAGUAAUUCUAGUUACUUUAAAAAAUCUCGGUAUAACAUGUGACUAUUUACUUGGCCAAGGUUAUGAUGGCGCCGCAGCCAUGAGUGGUAAUUUUAAAGGAGUACAAUCUGUUAUAAGAGAAGUACAUCCCGCUGCACUUUAUGUCCACUGUAGUGCACAUUCCCUAAAUUUAGCACUAGCUCAUUCGUCAAAUAUUCACCAUAUUCGAAAUUGUAUUGGUACAAUAAAAUCUGUAGGAAAUUUUAUUAAAAUAUCGGCUAAACGAACUGAACUAUUAAAAAAUAAAAUAAAAGAAUUUCUUCCUCAAACUAAAUGGACAAAAUUAACUUCCAUGUGUGAGACAAGGUGGGUUGAAAAUCAUGAUGGUAUGCUUAGAUUUUCAGAAAUAUAUAAACCUAUUGUUGCAACAUUAGAAGAACUACAAUUAUUUGUUGACAUUGAAACGUCAUCUAAAGCGUUACAGUUAUAUAAGUGUGUAACAACUAGUGAAUUUAUAAUAAGUAUGAUAACUGCGACCACACUUUUUUCUAUAACUUUGCCAUUAUGUAAAAUAUUGCAGUCGGUAAAAUGUGAUUUAAGUGAAGCAGUAGAUCACGUUGAAACUGUUUUAAGUGAAGUGAAAGAUAUGCGAACAAAAAUUAAUGAAAAUUUCAAAGAAAUAUUCAAUAAAUCAGAACAAUUGUUCAUAUCCGUGAAUGAUGAAGAAAAAAUAAAAAUACCAAGAUUAGUAAGUCGUUCAAAAAUUAGAAUUAAUGUGGAUACCAAAAUUCCCGAAGAUUAUUUUCGUAUUGCAAUUGCAAUUCCAUUCUAUGAUGAUUUUAUUAGUCAACUUAAAGAACGGUUUUCCAAACACAAGAAGAUUUUAUCGUCUUUGUAUUUAUUAAUACCAAAAAUGUGUUUGAAAUCCCCGACUUUAGAAUCAGAUUUUAGUUUAUAUUCAGAUUUUAUAAAUGUUGAUACAUUACCUUCAGAACUAAAACUGUGGAAAAGAAAAUGGAUUGCUUUCAAAGAUGUAGAUCGUCCACAUACAGCUGUAGAAUCAUUAAAUUAUUGUAAUCCUGAACUUUUUCCAAAUAUUCAUUUUUUAUUAAAAGUACUAGCUACACUACCGGUUUCUACAUCAACUCCCGAACGAACUUUUUCGACAUUAAAACGCGUCAAGACAUUUUUACGAAACUCUACAGGACAAGAAAGACUAACUGGGCUAGCUCUAUUAAGUGUCCAUAGAGAUAUUACUGUUAAUCCCGAUGAAGUAUUAAACCAGUUUGCUCUUCAAAAAGAUAGGAACAUAUUAUUAGUUUAAAAAAUGAUUUA